CUGUUGAGCAGAAGAGAAACUCCCACACUCCUUGUUACUAAGAGCAGAAAUGGCACAUGGAGGAGUUCAACUAAACCAAGGUAACUUCUCCUGUUCAAUCUGUUUGGAAAAGUAUCCUGUGACUAUUCCCUGUGGACACAGCUACUGUAUGAACUGUAUUAACGACUUCUGGAAUGGAGAAGAUCAGAGGAGGAUCUACAGCUGCCCUCAGUGCAGGAAGGAGUUCAGACCGAGGCCUGGACUGGAGAAAAACAUCACGUUAGCUGCCUUAAUGGAGGAUGUGAAAAAGUUAGGACUCCAGGCUGCAGCAGAUGAUCACUGCUAUGCUGGACCUGAAGACGUGGCCUGUGAUGUCUGCACUGGGAGGAAGAGGAAAGCUGUUAGAUCCUGCUUCACUUGUCCAGCUUCUUACUGUCAGAAUCACCUCCAGCCUCACUAUGAUGUCCCUGGAUUAAAGAAACACAAGCUGGUGAAUCCCUCCAAGAAUCUCCAGGAGAACAUCUGCUCUCGUCAUGAUGAGGUAAAGAAGAUCUUCUGUCGUACUGAUCAGCAGUGUAUCUGUUAUCUCUGCACCAUGGAUGAACAUAAAGGCCAUGAAACAGUCCCAGCUGCAGCAGAAAGGACUGAGAAGCAGAAAAAGCUCCAGGAGAGACGACAACAAAUCCAGCAGAGAAUCCAGGACCAGGAGAAAGAUGUGAAGAUGCUUCAACAGGAGGUGAAGACCAUCAAUGCCUCUGCUGAUAAAGCAGUGAAGAACAAUGAGAAGAUCUUCACUUAUUUGAUCCGUCUGAUCCAGAAAAGAAGCUCUGGUGUGAAGCAGCAGAUCAGAUCCCAGCAGAAAACUGAAGUGAGUCGAGUCAAAGAGCUUCAGAAGAACCUGAACCAGGAGAUCACUGAGCUGAAGAGGAAAGAUGCUGAGCUGGAGAAGCUCUCAAUCACAGAGGAUCACAACCAGUUUCUCCAGAACUACCCCUCACUGUCAGCACUCAGUGAGUCUACACACUCAUCCAGCAUCAAUAUUCGUCCUCUGAGAUACUUUGAGGAUGUGACAGCAGCUGCGUUAGAGCUCAGAGAGGAACUAGUGGACAUCCUGAGAGACACAUGGACAAACAUCUCAGAAGCAGUCACUGAAGUGGACGUUUUACUGUCAGAACCAGUGACAAGAGCUGGAUUCUUAAAAUAUUCACAAAAAAUCACUUUGGAUCCAGCAACAGCAAACAUGAAUUUACUACUAUCAAAGGAAAACAGACAAGUUAAAAGAACAAACUGUGAACAGUCUUAUCCUGAUCAUACAGACAGAUUCACUGAUUAUAAUCAGGUCCUGAGUAAAGAACCUCUGACUGGACGUUGUUACUGGGAGGUGGAGUGGAGAGGAAAGGAGGGAAUAGAUGUUGCAGUUUCAUACAAGAACAUCAACAGAACAGGAUGGUUAAAUCAAUGUAAAUUUGGAUACAAUAGCAAAUCUUGGUCAAUAUGCUGUGAUGCAAACAGUUACGCAUUUUUUCACAAAGGAGUUAAAACUCCAGUAUCAGGUCCAGUUUCGUCCAGAAUAGGAGUGUAUCUGGAUCACAGAGCAGGUAUUCUGUCUUUCUACAGCGUCUCUAAAACCAUGACUCUCCUCCAUACAGUCCAGACCACAUUCACUCAGCCUCUAUAUGCUGGGAUUGGGUUUAAAGAAUUUAAUGAGUCUGAGAUGAAAAUUCGUAAGAGUCUAGUAGGUGGAGAUUCUGUUGAGUUUCUUAUACUGAAAUAGUCAGUAUAAAUAGUCAGGAUAAACUCCCAGAAACCUCCAGCAGAACCAGGAUCUGUGUGAGCAGCUUUCUGCCAGCUAGGGUUCAGGGAGAAAGUAGUAGACGUGCAAAAAAAAUCAAUCGUUGUACUAAAAUAUUAUUUCUGUUAAGUUUUGUUGAGAUUAAGAUCUAAAGAAAAGCAUUGUCUCCUGCUCAGAUCCUGCAAUUCAGUGAAAAGGUGGAGUCAGAGUAAAAAAAAUUGCAAGCCCAGGAGAAAGUGCCUUGAGAUGACAUGUGUUGUGAAUUAACACUAUAUAAAUAAACUGAAUUGAAUUGAAUUGAUUAUCACACAUUAGGUCAUUAACUAAACAAACGCUUUGAAGAGACAGGUUUUUAUUAAAUCACACUUGAUUGUUUUAACUUUUUUUUCAAUAGGAUUUUUUUCUGAAUUUAUUUGAUUUUGUUCGUGGGCAAGACACUGUCUGGAUGGAGUGAUGAGUGGGUAACAGAGGGAAACACUCACAAUAGGGAGCAGUUUAAGGGUCUUAAUAAAACUAAGGGGUUAAGACCCCUUCAUCUGUUUUUUGUAAAUUUUCCAAAACUGUUUUCUCAGUAGCCCUGAAUCCUGGGAAACCCUUGGCAGAAAUAACGUCUGGUGUUACAUCGCCACCUAUUGGAUGUUUGUUUUAACUGCAGUCAGGAUCCCAUCCCAUUAUUACUCUUAGCAUAGUUGUCAUGUCCCUUUUGGUUAAUCUUUCUUCAUUUCUCAAGAUAGGGUUGUUGUUUUUGUUUCUUUUACAUCAAGGAAGUUUCCAUGUGACAAAAUGUAACUGAAGAUUUCAGCAUUUCUACAUUAUUUCUGAGAUGCCAUUUAGUCAAUGGCAGGACAUUAUCUAUGCUUAGAAAUUGAGGAGGUUCUGGUUCUUCUCACAGAGUGUAAAAUGCUCUAAAAACUGUCUCUCAGUUCCCCUCACCAUCCUCUGCAGGAGUGUAUUGUCUGUCAUGUUGAGAAGUGUUUUCCUGGUAGGACUACACAAUGCUGGAAAUGAACAAACCUUUUUUUAAUUACAAGACCUAAUCCAGUAACGACCAUGGUAAUUUGAGUU